AUGAUUUGGAAAAAAUUGGAUGCUCUGCUAUCGAAGGCCGAGGCUAAGGGCUUCAAGAUGGCGAACAAGGCUCAUGUAUAUGUGGUUAAUGGGAUCCUGUGUCUUAUCGCCUACAAUGUCUAUACAGUGUUUAGGGGUUAUAAUGAAUUCUUUUUGGAAGCAAGACAAGAAGCAGCUCCAGACCUUGAUGAGGUAACUGGCGAACCCCAAUAUCCAAUCAAUAAGAAUAUACGCAAGAAUUGA